AACACAUGCUGAGGCUGCAUGGCUUUUCCAGUAACAACCUGCCAUACACUCUCAUACGGUUACACACAACACAUAUGGCAUUACUCACCUAGCCCUGGAAACUUACUCAUUCACUUUCAGUUCACGUGUUCUACCUGCAGAAAGUGCUGCACGGCCUCUAAUAUGCACAUCAUCAGUUUUGUGUGAAAACCACGUAAGGAAAUAAUACUGUUACCAUUUAGACGUUGUUGAUGUUUUAUGUGUUGAUGAUUAACUGAAACUCCUGCUCACAGUUGAAAAGCCCUUCAAGUGCAACCAUUGCAGUCGCAGCUACAAGCAGCGCAGCUCUCUUGAAGAACACAGAGAGAGGUGCCAUGUGUACAUUCAGAGCAAAGGUCCCGCUGAGAGAGAGGACAGCCAGACAUCCAGGACUCAGAUGGGCACUGAGCGUGCUCUGCUGCUCGACAGGCUCGCCAGCAACGUAGCCAAACGGAAGAGCUCAAUGCCUCAGAAGUUCACAGGCGACAACGGUGUCUGCCUGGACCUAAGCUUUAACAGGGAGCUGGUCCACCGAACUGACAUCAAAGACCCUCCGCCAGGCUCCCCGGGGCCCGAGGCCCACCAUCAGGCUAUCCUCACAGGGCCGGACAGCGACCCGGCUCCCUCCCACAGGCCCUACCCCAUCCAGUUAAGCCGCAAUGACGUCAGCCCCAUGGGCCUCACCAACGGCCACAAGGUGGGCAUCCCGAUACUUGGCCUUCCACACGGUGUCCAGCCACCCCUCAGCAUGGACUCUUUCCACGCUGACAGCUCUCAGAUGUCCCAGCCCGUCAUGUACAGCUUAGGACACCUGCUGGGAGGGCUGAACCACCAGAACGGUAUCCCUCACCCACAUGCCCAGCCCAUCCCCCUGUCUCCGCUGGAGGCUUUGAGGGUGGUGCGGGCUGACGGGGAGGCAGGAGCUCUGCCUGGGGCAGUGUACCCCUGCGGCCACUGCAGGGUGAUCUUUCUGGACUAUGUCAUGUUCACCAUCCACAUGGGGUGCCAUGGCUUUCGCGACCCACUCGAGUGCAACGUUUGUGGCCACCGCAGUAGGGACCGUUAUGAGUUCUCCUCCCACAUAGCCCGCGGCGAGCACCGCCUAGAACCAAAGUAGCUUUCAUUCAUGCAGACGUUCAUGCUUACACACACACAUUCACUCAUGCUCAGACAGAUAACACUGUAUGAGAACACAUACAUAUUUACUCAUUUAAGUAGCUGGUAGUAUCAGAAAUGAAAGCAUGGAGUAGCAGCUAUCUCUCUUUGUCUUGUGUGUGUGUGUGUGUGUGUGGUGUGGUGUG